AUGUCUCGUGCGACCUAUCUGCACACCUUGUGGGACUCUCUGGCUGGCACAUGGUUGCUAGAUCGGGACCUGCAGAGUGCCAACGCCAGCGAGCCGUCAGGCCGAUGUGUGGGAACAGCGACCUUCAAGACCCGCGCCCCGUCGCCGGUCUUGGAUCAAGACGGCAAGCUGCAUCUGGCGGAUGCCGAGAUGCUCUACCGUGAGAAUGGCGAGUUCCAGCUACCAAACCAUGUCAAAGUGCCGUUCUCGAAGAAGUAUGUCUGGAGGCUUUCGGUCGCUGGCGAUGACCCAGAGAUGAGUGUGUGGUUCACCAAGCCCGGCACGGACCAGGUGGACUAUCUUUUCCACAACGUUGACCUGACGGUGGCUGAGGGUGGUAGAGUGGCACAUGGUAGUGGCGGCCAUCUUUGCGUCGAGGACUUCUAUUCCACAUCGUACAUAUUCUUCAUGCAAGAAAGCACGCCGUUGGAUGAAAUGAAAGCAGCGGCGCUUGGCUCAUGGGAAACCAUCCAUGAAGUCCAAGGGCCAUCCAAAGACCAAACGCUGACGACGAGAUUUACCAGGGAGUGA